CUAACCACUACUCACAGUAACCUCAACUCCUGCCACCACAAUGUACAAAAUUCAACUCUUGUCUUGCAUUGCACUGACUCUUAUACUCGUCACAAACAGUGCACCUGCUUCAAGCUCUACAAAGGAAACACAGCAACAGCUGGAGCAAUUACUGCUGGAUUUACGGUUGCUUUUGAAUGGAGUUAAUAAUCCUGAGAACCCCAAACUCUCCAGGAUGCUCACAUUUAAAUUUUACGUGCCCAAGAAGGCCACAGAAUUGACACAUCUUCAGUGUCUAGUAGAAGAACUCAAACCUCUGGAGGAAGUGCUAUAUUUAGCUCAAAGCAAAAACUUUCACUUGAAUCACAUCAAGGAAUUAAUGAGCAAUAUCAAUGUAACAGUUCUGAAACUAAAGGGAUCUGAAACAAGAUUCACAUGUAACUAUGAUGAUGAGACAGCAACCAUUGUAGAAUUUCUGAACAAAUGGAUUACCUUUUGUCAAAGCAUCUUCUCAACGCUGACUUGAUAAUUGAGUGUCUCCUAUUUAAAAUGUAUCAGGUUAUUUAUUUAAAUAUUUAAAAUUUAUAUUUAUUUUUUGAUGUAUGGUUUGCUACCUUUUGUAAUUAUAUUCUUAUUCUUAUGAUAAACAUGGAUCUUUUAAGAUUCUUUUUGUAAGCCCUAGGGGCUCUAAAAACUCACUUAAAUUAUUUAUCCCAAAGUAUUUAUUUUUUAUAUUGAAUUGUUACAUAUAAUGUCUCUGUAGAUCAAUUAAUAAAAUUAUUUAAUAAAAAUAAUACAA